GAUAAUAAUCCUGACAAAAAUAAAAAAACUCCUACUUCUACUAUUCCUAACUCAGUUAAAGAGUAUUUUCGCGAAAACAAGGGGGAUAAUAAAACCAAAAAAACAUUCAAAAAAACUGAUGUUCCAAAAUUGCACGGUUUAGAAAAUUAUUUGAAAACCAAAGGAAUAACAAAACUUUCUGAGGAGGAAUUAAAAAAUAGUUCUAGUACUAAUUCCUCUACUGGCAAAGAUAAUAAAACCAAAUAUUGA